AUAUUUUGUUUUAAGUUUUAAUUCAUAAUUAACAUCAAAAUUACUGAAACAUGUUUUGCGGACACAAAUUAGGUCUCAAUUAUAAAAGAUUAGAUUUAAAUGUUCCCACUCUUGAAGAAGUAAGUCGUGUACUUCGCGAGGGUUUAACGCCAUUCUUCGAGACCGUAGACGUCUCUGUAGUCGACUGUCCAGACCUAAGACAAGCGCCUUUCCAUUUGGCACAGAGAGGUCUCAGCGGUGAUGAAAAGGUUGCCGACAUCGGAGGUGUGCCUUAUUUGGUGCCAUCGGUUCAAAGAGACAAAUAUUAUUCACUCAAAGACAUGGCCAGUGUGUUAGGGAUGGAUGAAAGCGCUUUCCUCAUCGGCGCCGGUGCCGGUCCUCACCGCGAGGUUGGCAUCAAUUGUGAACUAAUGCCAAACAUUAGCUUUGAAGACAAACAAACUAAGAUCACUAACAGAACACAUAUCGCAAAGGUUGACGAAAGGGGUGGCUGUCAGCUAUCUAUUGCCAAAACCACCGAUUUUGCACUUUUGGCCAAUUUGUAUGCAUCCGAAGGCAAACCGGGAAAAGUCCUCAAAGUUUAUGUCAAGAAGAGAAUCGGUUCCGAGAAUUUUGUCACAACUUUGAGACAAAUCCUAAACAAACAUUAUGGUAAUCGGGCCGUCAGUUUGGGAGGCGUUUUCCUAUUGAGAGGGGGUUCGGCUAAACUCCAUAUUAUGCCUGAUUUUAGUACAACUCCAUUAAACUCUGACCAAGACGUUAAUAAUUGGCUCAACUUUUAUUCAAUGGAUUCUCCGCUCAUUUGUUUGAGUGUUUUUCACUCAUAUGAUCCCGAUUUAGAUCUUCGUAUAGAACACACCCACUGUUUCAGUGACCAUAAUCAGGGCGGACACUAUCACUACGACAAUACACCUGACACUAUCGAAUAUGAAGGAUAUUUCAAUUUAGCGAAACAGAUAUACCGAAUCGAUGCCCCGAUUGCCACACAUAAUAUUGGACGGGAUUAAGGAUUUAAAGAUUGACAACAUUUAGAGAGCAUUAUUAGUGUUAAAAUAUAGUUCAAACAAAGCAAAGACAAUGUGAAUUAAGAUAAAUACACAAAUAUUUCAAAUAUUGUAUUCUAAGAUUAUUCGGU